AGGUAAUCUGAGUGUACCUGACUAGCUUGGUCACCAAGUGCACGGGACAGUGGUCAGUGAGGGACCCCAGUGCUGCUGAAGACACUUUGCUUCUUGAAGUUUGAAGAACGCAAACAUUGCAGGAAAAAUAUUUAUUUCACGAGUUUCAGGAUUGUGUGCAUCGAUGCCUAGACAUUUUAUUAUGGAAGGUUCUCAGAAGGAGAAUGGUAUUAUUCCUUGGAAGAUUCAACCACCCCUCAAAGAGAACCCGCUCCCGAGGAGUGGCCAGUCAAACGGGAGGCAGUCCUGCUUUGCCUCCCUUAAGAUGUUUCUCAUGGCAUUGUCUUUUGCCUAUUUUGCUAAGGCAUUAUCUGGAAGCUACAUGAAAAGCACAAUAACUCAGCUGGAGAGGCGAUUCGAUAUUCCCAGUUAUUUAAUAGGAGUUAUUGAUGGGAGCUUUGAAAUAGGUAAUUUGUUGGUGAUUGCUUUCGUCAGCUACUUCGGAGCAAAGCUCCACAGACCCAAAGUGAUUGGAGCCGGCUGCGUUAUUAUGUCGAUGGGGACGUUUUUAAUUGCAAUGCCUCAUUUCUUUAUCGGUCGCUAUAAGUUCGAUACGACAAUUAGAUCUUCUGCCAACUCAAGCAGUAACCUUUCUCCAUGUCCAGCAAGCUCCGAUCAGACAGUGCCUGGUGCAAUGGACAAGCCAUCAAUAAUAACCAGCACAGGCUGUGAGAAGGAGGUGGGUCUCUCCAUGUGGAUCUAUGUCUUCUUGGGCAAUGUGCUGCGUGGGAUUGGGGAGACUCCAGUGCAGCCGCUGGGCAUCUCUUACAUCGAUGAUUUUGCUCGAGAAGAAAAUGCAGCUUUCUACAUCGGCUGUGUCCAGACCAUAGCCGUCAUCGGGCCAGUGUUUGGAUUUCUACUUGGAUCUCUGUGUGCCAGAAUAUUUGUAGACAUUGGAUUUGUGGAUAUGGAUAGCAUCACAAUAGCCCCUGGUGAUGCCCGCUGGGUUGGUGCGUGGUGGCUCGGUUAUUUGAUAGCUGGGUUCAUUACACUUUUAUCCGCAAUCCCAUUCUGGUUCCUUCCAAAGUCACUGCCAAUCCCAGACACGAGGCGAAAUUCAAAAACUUUCCCAGAACAAUCCCGGUUUAUCAAAGACUCUUCCACAGAGAAAAAAUGUGGCUAUGAAGAACCAGCAAAUUUCUCAAAAAUGGCAAAAGAUUUUGUUCCCUCAUUGAAAAGCCUGCUUGUAAACCCUGUCUAUGUUUUGUACCUAUGUAUAACAAUAAUACAGUUCAAUUCCUUGAUCGGCAUGGUAACGUACAAGCCCAAAUACAUUGAGCAGUAUUAUGGACAAUCAGCUUCAAAAGCCAACUUUCUGAUUGGUGUCAUUAAUAUCCCUGCUGUAGCACUCGGGAUAUUCUCCGGUGGGCUUGUGAUGAAGAAAUUCAAGUUGAGUGUGAUGGGAGCUGCAAAGUUUGCAUUCGGGACGUCUUUGCUUGGCUACGUCUUGUCUCUUUUGUUCUUCGCAAUGGGCUGUGAGAAUGCCACAGUGGCUGGGUUAACUGUCUCCUACCAAGGGGUCAAACAGGCCUCUUUCCAUGAGAACGCCUUGUUUGCGGACUGCAACUCGGGCUGCAUUUGUUCAGUGAAUCAGUGGGAUCCAGUUUGUGGGGACAAUGGAAUCACCUAUAUCUCUCCUUGCCUGGCUGGUUGCAAAACAUCGAGUGGAUCUGGGAAAAACACAGUGUUUGAUGACUGCAGGUGUGUGGCAGAGCCCGGCUCUGCCUCAGGGAAUGAUUCUGCUGUCCUGGGACACUGCCAGCAGAGAGAGGAUUGUGAUAGAGUGUUCCCUUAUUUCCUGGCUCUGUCUGUCCUCAGCUCUUUUGUCAUUUCUUUGGGGGGCACGCCUGGAUACAUCUUACUCAUGCGGUGCAUUAAGCCUGAAUUAAAAUCGUUGGCUUUGGGUUUUCACACAUUGGCCACAAGAACACUUGCGGGAAUUCCAGCUCCUAUCUUUUUUGGAGCCCUCAUAGACACCACCUGCUUGAAAUGGGGAAACAAUAGAUGUGGCGGGCGGGGAGCGUGCAGGAUAUAUGACACCAAUGCUUACAGAAUUGUUUACUUGGGAUUGACGUUGGGGUUACGGACACUGUCAUAUUUCUUCUGUUUUGCCGUUUUCGUUCUCUUGAAAAGGCAGUACAAACACAAAGAGAAAAGCGGCUUAGCUAACAGCACAGCAGAGAUGCACUCGCUGAGGAAGGAAGAGUUUAACUCUUUUAACAGCGACCGUUUGAUAAGGACAGCGGACUGUUAUACAGGGAAGGAGACGCGCCUGUGAAGUGGGUUAGAUACAGCCAGCAUGAUAUCUGAAAGCAUGCCAGUCAGAUGGGACCCUGCAAUGGCAGUCCUCUUCAAAGUUCUUAUACAUUAUAUACGUUAUAUAUUUGUACUGGAGUAAUGUAGAUUAUGUAAAAUAAAGAUUUUAAAAUAGAUCAAUUAACACCAUUUCAAUGUAUAUGCUAGAAGAGUUUCUACAAAAAGUCUAAACUGUGAACUGUUUUUUGUUGUUGUUUUUACUUGUUUCUUAGCAAAGAAUGUAAAUGCUCUGUUAUUUUAUUUUAUUUUGUGAACAAGCUUUUGAAUGAUGUAUGGAAAUGUAUAUCUUUUUGUGUUUUUUUUUUUUUUUUUUUUUAAAGAUGGUGUGUUUCCAAACACAAAGAACAAAGACCAAAAUAAUUAUUGUGUUGUUAUGAGAUAGUUUUCAUCAUUGAUAAAGAUGUCAUAUUGCAGCAGAAGUGCAGCGGAACAAUGAGAGACUGUCAGGGUAUUUUAUUACAGUUGUAUUACAGUUUUGUUGAAACACAUUCAGAGUUUUCUAUAACAUGUAUUAUGUUUUUUUUUUUUUUAAACUUCACAGCUACAUAAUAUUGCUGCUUAAUACUCCUUUUCAUUCAGUCCAUUUCACAGCCACAUAGGUUAGGCCAGGGGUUUUCUACCUUUUCAAUGUUAAAGCCACCCCUGUAUUCAAUAUGCAGCCCCAAGUGUAGCAAACCUCCAUUCAGGCUCCUCCCCAAUAAGACAGAUGGGAUGGAAAUGAAAAUUUUAAUUGAAACAAGCUGAAAAUCAAACAAGUUGUUUUUGCCCCCAAAAAAUUGCAAUUCAAUUUUGUAAACAGUUAAACAGUUUAUAUAUCGUGUUAGAUACCUUAGUGGGACUUUCCCAUUGACUUCAAUGCGAUUCAAAACUAAUGUUGAAAUAUACUGCAAUUGCUUUCCCAGAGUAUACAGUGAUUCACUGUGUGUUUACUCUGCUGUGCUGAUCCUUGCAGUGCUUCUACUGAAGAAUCCCAUAUGUAGGCUUUUACAUGGACCGUUAAAGCUCAGUUGAGGAACUGUAUUUUAUUACUGAAAAUAAAAUAAAGGAAAUAACGAGCUGAGUGCUGCACAAAGCAAGUGCACGCUCAUCACACCGAAGCUGCAGAAUGCAUUGCACAGUCCCUUGACAAAGACUGCUUGUUGGAACACAUUGGGGCUUUUGUUUGUGCCUGCAAUUGCUUUGUGCUCCCUCCCCAACUGAGUGUGCCAGUGCGCCCCCUCUGUCCAGCAAGCUUUCAAGUGCAUCACAAGCUGUGUACUUGCUGUGCUAUCGGCCACAGCGAGCGUUCUUGCGCAGAUGUCAGCCGGCCCCAGAGGCAGAGACUAUGACAGCCGCUGAGAAAAGGCUCACCGGGUGAGUUUUAGAAGAUGAUUUGGAAAAUACUUGCAGUGUGCAAGCCAACUGUGCCAACAGUAUUACAGUGCAUUGUAUUUUCAAUAGAAAAUGCGCCACCCCAGAAAGCCCAUGCAGUGUUUAUAUUGAAAAGUUAGUUUUAAAAUUAUAUAUAUAUAUAUGCAUGCAUGUUUUACAUUGCCGCAAACCACAGUGGCUACAUUUGAGUUUGUAUGAUAUAGUUUUUGUUCUUUUAGAUGUAUCUCAAUUUGUUUAGCAAAGCAUACUCUAUGUACUACACAAUGCCAUAAAGAAGUCCAGCAAAAUAA